UGAGCAGUCGCCGGGCAGCGCUUGAAAAUGUGAAAUCGUGAAUUGAAUACCGCUAGCAGCUGCUAUUAACUUAGUCGAAUGCUGUUUUACCAAUAAAACCAAACCAAACCAAACCAAAACAACAAUACUCAAUAUUAAUUCAAUAGAAAAUUCCGUUAAAAAAAAAUAAAUACCCCACUUUAUCUGUGAUUAUUCUAUGAAAACGUACAAAGUUCCAAAGUAACAAAUAUAUACAUACUUAUAUUAUCAUAUAUAUAUCAUACAUAUACAUUUAUAAUAUAGCAAUUAAAUUUCAAUAAAUAUAUUUUUAAAAUCAACUAAUCAGUGCGAGCUAAGUUAAUAUGAAAUCCACAAUUUCACUGCUGCUGGUUGUCAUCUGCACCGUCGUUCUGGCCGCCCAACAGAGCCAGGCUAAAAAGGGCUGUCAGGCCUAUGGGCACGUCUGUUACGGCGGACAUGGAAAGCGCUCCUUGAGUGCAACGGGCAAUGGUGCAGCUGCCGCCAAUGCCAAUGCCAAUGCCGCUGGCCUCGACCAAGAGUUUGUGCGUCCAAACGGUUUGCUGCCGAUGCUGGCGCCAAAUGAACAGCCACCAGAAACCGAAUUCGAUGACUAUCCAUCUCGACAAGUGCUCUAUAAAAUCAUGAAAUCCUGGUUUAACCGUCCGCAUCGACCUGUGCCUCGUCUGGGUGAGCUGGAUUAUCCGCUCUCGAGCUCUAGCGAAAGUUUUAACCGGGAAGGCGCGCUGAAUGCGCUCAACUAAGCUGAACAACAAAACAGUGAACCAAAUUAAGCACUUUUCAGAACAACAAUAUCUACUAAAACAACAACAACAAACGCUAUUACCUAAUGAAUGUUUAUUAAAAUUGUUUCAUCGAUGUCUACACAUAGUGCGAUUCUCGAUUUCUUGCUAUUGGCACAAACUGUAUAAACAAAACAAAAAACACAAAAAAAAUUUACUGAAGUUUUUAAGGGCUGGUAAAAAUUUCAGUGUAUAUAUUGGUAAAAAGAAA